AUGUCAGAUGCCGAAUUUGACAGUUUUGAUUUUGGGGAAGAUACGGCUCCGGAGACGUCCGUCCAGCCCGAUGAUGGUAAUUUUCUAUUCAAUUGCUUUUAUCAACUCAGGAAAAAAGACGCCGGCGCCUUUUUUUUCCUGAGAAUAUAUAGUUUUCAACAUUCUUUGAAGAUGACGAAGAGAAUAGAGAGCAACGACGUGAUCUAUCGAUGGCGAUGACUCAGAAAUUGUACGGAACACAGGCUCGUGGAGCGGUGAGCCACGUGGAUUACGACACGAACGAUUAUGUGGAGCCGAGAAACCGAUUCGAAGAAAUCAUGAAAGACGAGCACGUUCGCAUUGCCAACGACACAGAGAGCUACGAGAAAUUUGUGGUCUUUGGUGCGGAAUACCAUCAAAAUUAAAGAAAUUGUUGUUUUUGUAGGCCAAAAUCUGAAUCACGAGGAGUUUACGCGAAAUUUGGAGAAACGGCUCACAAAAAACCGCAAUUUGUUCGACGAUUUCGUGGCCGCGUGUCAUGAUUCAAAUAAUUUCUCUCUUUAUCUGAGUCCGUCCAAAUCGUGAGCGCACAAUUUAUGCUUUCUUAUUUUCAAACUCGUCUUUUGUGCAGGAAAUUGGGUCAGCAGGACACAAUCUUCCGAGCGUUUCUGCAAAUUCGGGCCACUCAAACCAGAGCGUUCGACCUGUUACUCCAAAAACUGAAUGUGCACGCGCGGAAAACCGAGCAAUCAGAGCAGUUUCUGGCUCAAACGUGCGUGGCACACAUGCGAUAUUUGAAUCGACUUUUCGAGCCGCUGGCCGUUUUCAACACAAUCUUCGAGUUUCCCUUCCGAUUAUGGGGCGCGGAAGUUCGGAAUGAUCUUAUUUCGGCGUUGCCUGAGGUUGAUCCGUCGGAAAAUUCGAGUCUCGUUCAAUUUUUUUUUUAUUCAGAUCUUCAUCGAGCAUAGUCUCCAACAAGCGACGGCGAUCCGUUUGGACGAAGAGAUCCACGAGACACAGAACAUUCUGGACCUUCCUUCCUUCCAACUGACGAUCGUCGAGACGCUCCGAUUGCUCCGAAUAGACCCGGCGAUCGGGCGACAGAUCCGAAUGCAUCUCGUCCGAAUGUGCGCGGAUCUCGACGUCUCUUGCCUGCCCUCGCUCGUCGCAUUCUCGCUUCACAGCCUGCUCACGGGCUCCUCUAAAAGUGAUGAAGAAGAAAGAAACUUCCAUGAAAUGCUGCGGGAAAUGGCGAAGACGCUGAAAGUGGAAGUGAUUCGAAAAAAGACUGGAAAAGUGGACACUCUGGUCUUUGAGAUUUACGCGCAUUUUUCGAAGUUUCUACAGUUGGAGAAGAAGGGAUGGAAGCAUGUAACAUCGUAUAUCAACCGAAACAAAAAGGAUGUAAAUGUGAAAGAAGAAGUGGCGGAUGCUGCAGAAGACGCUCCAGAAGACCAGGAGAACGAGGAAUCGGAAUCUGCCAAGUGGAUGAACUCCUUCGAGACCAUGCUCAUUCUCUCGCUUCUCUCCGCUUCCGACACGUGUCCACAGUCGUUCGUCACCGUCGUCAACUCCAGAAUGCUCAACCUUCCGUCAGCAGUCUCUUCGAAGUUUCUGAAGCUCAUCGACCUGAUCAUCUCGUUCAAAAAGUUCGCGUCCGCCCAUCUGAGCUCAUUGAUCCACGUGGCACGCCAUUCGGUUUGGAGUCCAGACCCGAAUGUUCGCCAAAUGGGAGUGAGCAUCUGGAAGCAGUUGUUCGUCGGAAUGGAGAAGAAGGAUCGGAGCAAGGUGUUCGAGGAGCUCAUGAAACAUUUCACGCAUGGAGAGCUGGAGUGCGAAGCCGUUCUCGAUGUCUUCUCCAAAGUCAUCAAGUCGAACGCUCAAGUCAUUUUAGAGUAUUCUGAGCAAGUUCAGGUGA